AAUUCCCGCAAAUAUAAGCGACUUCUGGUUUUUAUAGGUAUUAUAUCUACAAAGCCUCUGAUUCGAGCGGUCUGUCUGUGCGCGCCUGUGAAUAUGAAGCUUCUAAUAUUUGCGUGUGUUGUUCUUGGGUGUUUCGUCAUAGGAGGACAAACUUCUGCUUGUACCAGAAUAGGCGGAACAUGUCACGAUUACCGAACCCAUAAUUGCAUAGCAGGGUAUGAACGUGGAAAGUGCAGCGGGAAUUCUUACAUACGUUGCUGUAAACCUUGCUCUUCCACUUGUGAAGACGCGGAACUUCGUUAUGUCACAAGACAAGAUGGCCAAUGCCGCGCCCAAAAUGGACAGUGCAAGCAUGACAGCAACUAUUGCUCAGGACAAUGGAAAAGUGGUCUGUGCGGAGGCUCGUCGAGCAGAAAAUGUUGUGUACCAUCAGGAGGAACUACUUCUGGUUCCUGUACUCUGAAAACAUACACCGCCAGUAAUGUGAGAGGAUACAACAACAAAGCUGUCCGGAUUGAAACAGGAUUCGUAAACGCAAUGAAUAGGAUCAAUGGAUAUGCAAGAGAAUGUAAAGUAACUGUUUGGGUGACAGACUCAUACAGAAAAGAUAACGCGGUAGUUCCAGGAGCCAUUGUUACACCAGCCGUGAAAUCAAAUCACAAAGUAGGGCAUGCUAUUGACAUGAUUCUGCAGACAUCGAAAGGCUGGUGCAACAGUGAAUGCCUUGCAGGUGGACAGAAUACCGAUGCAAACUGUUUUACGGAAAAAAUCAGAGGUGGCGGAAAUCUCAAAUGGGGUCAGGAUUUCAGAAAAAAAGAUCCGGUUCACAUUGACGAUAACCUGAAUAAUCGCCACGCUUCUACUUGGGACACUUUAUUCAGGAAGCUACAGCCAGUUUGUUGAAUAACCACAUUGUUAUUAUGCAUUGUAUAUACCUGAUAAUGCAUCAUAUUGGUAUACCCUGUAUAUAUUAUUUCAUGGAGCAUAAUUAAUUGCUAUUUUUGUUUAUAAACGCUUGUCGAGUACAACGUAACUAAUUAAUUACUCAUUUCUGACACUCCACGAAUGUAAAGUAUGAUUUAGUUGCGGGAUAAUAAUAUUAUGUUUUAACUAAUGCGAAACAAAUAUGGAAAUAUUGUUGUGCCUAAAUAAAUGAAUACAAUCACUUUGCCCCGACCUAGAAACAUAAUGCAACAUAUUUUUUGAGACUCAAUAAUAUGUUAUUUAGAUUUUGGUGAAAUAAAAGAAAUCAUAUC